AUGACAAACGACAUAGGUGACAUAGGAAUGACCAAUACAGAGGCGGACUCUUCGCAAACACACGCACAUGAAGCUACAUCAAGUGCAACACCUGAUGAUGCGGCAUCUAGUAAUGCUGCUACACCGUCGGCUAGUGAAGGACAGGCUUCAAGGCAGUCCAACUUACAGCGCAUUCAACAAAGGAAGCAGCAAGUUUAUAACUGGCCACAUAACAAGAAGCUACUUAAAUUGGCAAUAUAUUCUGCUUGUCAGACACCUGAUUGUACUUGUAAUGGAUGGAAGACCCCUGUACCACAACAAGCUUCUAAAGUUAAUGCAAGAUCAGAUAGUCAGCCAUUAGCAAACUUCACUGACCCUUGUCGCAAUUGUAACCACAUUUUAGAAAAACAUGUAACCCAGUUGCAAGGUUUGGCAGUAUCAGAAGUGAACCGCCUAUUAGGUGCUGUGGUGGAUGUUGAAAAUAUUUUCAUGUCAAUGCAUAGAGAGGAUGAUCAUGAUACAAAACGCGUCUAUUACUAUCUGUUUAAGUUGCUCCGGAAGUGUAUCCUCACACGUUCACACCCUCGUAUCGAAGGUCCACUGGGUCAACCGCCAUUCGAACGGCCCUCCAUAGCAAAAGCAAUAACUAAUUUUGUACUGUACAAAUUUAACACGCUGCCGCAAAGAGAGUGGCAGACUAUGUAUGAUCUGGCCAAAAUGUUCCUGCAUUGUUUUAACCAUUGGAACUUCGAAACACCUAGUGUUAGAAAAUUGCAAGUAUCGAAUCCAGAGGAUAUAUCAGCAUACCAAGUAAACUACACCAGAUGGUUAGUUUUCUGCCACGUUCCGGCGUUCUGUGAUUCUUUGCCGCAUUUUGAAACGUCGCUUGUUUUCGGACGGACGUUACUGCGCGCAGUUUUCAAGUCUGUCUGUCGUCAACUCAUGGACAAAUGCCACUCGGAACGCGACCGUAUGCCGCCGGAGAAAAGGGUACUGGUCCUCACGCACUUCCCUCGAUUCCUGGCCUUGCUUGAAGAAGAAAUAUUUAGCGUCAACUCUCCAAUAUGGGAUCCAGACUACAAACAAGUUCCUCCUAACCAUCUGCAGGCAAUACUCGAAAAUAAAAACACCGGACGUCGCGGUGGGGAGUUCGAACGAGUCACAGCGUCUGGUGAAAGUAAAGACGGAUUUACUACGGUUUCACUGUCAUCAGGUUCAAUAAAACAGGAAGGCUUAAAGCGUGGUGCGGAAUCGCGUUCGGGAGAAACACCCGUCGGUGGUGCGAAGCGACGUCGUCUCGCCGACGACUGUGAUGACGUCAGCGAGCGCACCGUCGCAGAGAUAGUCGCCACCAUCACCGACCCCAACUACAUGUGCGGGCCCGAUGCCCUCUUCCAAAUGCAAGCCCCACGAGAUGAAGCUGCUAAGUUGGAGGAGCAACGCAAGAUGAUAGAGUUCCAUGUCAUAGGCAACUCGCUCACUGGACCCGUUAACAAGCAGACCAUGUUGUGGCUUAUAGGUCUUCAUAACGUGUUCUCUCAUCAGCUGCCCGAGAUGACCAAAGAGUAUAUAUCACAAUUGGUUUUCGAUCCAAAGCAUAAAACAUUGGCUCUUAUCAAAGAAGGGAGACCCAUUGGUGGGAUUUGCUUCAGGACAUUCCAUUCACAGGGCUUCAGCGAAAUUGUCUUCUGCGCUGUGACGUCUAACGAACAAGUUAAAGGCUACGGCACGCAUCUAAUGAACCAUCUCAAGGAUUACCACAUCAGAAACAAUAUCUUGCAUUUCCUGACAUUCGCCGAUGAGUUCGCUAUAGGUUACUUCAAGAAGCAAGGCUUCAGUAAGGAUAUAAAAUUGCCUCGGGCCAUGUACCAGGGCUACAUAAAAGACUACGAGGGCGCCACGUUAAUGCACUGCGAAUUAAACCCGCGCAUUGUUUACACGCAGUUCACGUCUGUUAUACGGAGACAGAAGGAGAUUGUGAAGAAAUUGAUCGACAUGCGGCAGAAGGAGAUAAGGAAAGUUCAUCCUGGGCUCACAUGUUUUAAGGAAGGUGUGCGGAGUAUUCCCGUGGAGUGUAUUCCGGGACUGCGUGACAGCGGCUGGCGUGGCGGCCGCGCGCCCGCCGAGCCCGAGCCCGAUGUCGACCCCGCCGCUUUGCGAGCUGUACUGCACGCUGUGAGUCUACUCUGUGUGCUCAGCUGCGGAGUAUCUGUGGAGCGCAUCCCGGGGCUGCGGGACAGUGGCUGGCGAGCCCGAGUCCGACAUCGACCUCGCGGCCUUGCGAGCCGUGCUGCACGCUGUGAGUCUACUCUGUGUGCUCAGGUGCGGAGUAUCCAUGGAGCGCAUCCCCGGGGCGGCGCGACAGUGGCUGGCGAGCCCGAGUCCGACAUCGACCUCGCCGCCUUGCGAGCCGUGCUGCACGCUGUGAGUCUACUCCUCAGGUGCGGAGAAUCCGUGGAGCGCAUCCUGGGGCUGCGGGACAGUGGCUGGCGAGCCCGAGCCCGACGUCGACCUCGCCGCCUUGCGCGCCGUGCUGCACGCUGGGAGUCUACUCUGUGUGGUCAGGUGCGGAGUAUCCGUGGAGCGCAUCCCGGGGCUACGGGACAGUGGCUGGCGAGUGCGGAGAAUCCGUGGAGCGCAUCCCGGGGCUGCGGGACAGUGGCUGGCGAGCCCGAGCCCGACGUCGACCUCGCCGCCUUGCGAGCCGUGCUGCACGCUGUGAGUCUACUCUGUGUGGUUAGCUGCGGAGUAUCCGUGGAGCGCAUCGCGGGGCUGCGGGACAGUGGCUGGCGAGCCCGAGCCCGACGUCGACCUCGCCGCCUUGCGAGCCGUGCUGCACGCUGUGCGGAGUAUCCAUGGAGCGCAUCCCGGGGUUGCGGGACAGUGGCUGGUGAGCCCGAGCCCGACGUCGACCUCGCCGCCUUGCGAGCCGUGCUGCACGCUGGGAGUCUACUCUGUGUGGUCAGCUGCGAAGUAUCCGUGGAGCGCAUCCCGGGGCUGCGGAACAGUGGCUGGCGAGCCCGAGCCCGACGUCGAUCUCGCCGCCUUGCGAGCCGUGCUGCACGCUGUGAGUCUACUCUGUGUGGUCAGCUGCGGAGUAUCCGUGGAGCGCAUCCCGGGGCUGCGAGACUGGCUCGCGAGCCCGAGCCCGACGUCGACCUCGCCGCCUUGCGAGCCGUGCUGCACGCUGUGAGUCUACUUUGUGUGGUUAGCUGCGGAGUAUCCGUGGAGCGCAUCGCGGGGCUGCGGGACAGUGGCUGGCGAGCCCGAGCCCGACGUCGACCUCGCCGCCUUGCGAGCCGUGCUGCACGCUGUGAGUCUACUCUGUGUGGUCAGGUGCGGAGUAUCCAUGGAGCGCAUCCCGGGGUUGCGGGACAGUGGCUGGUGAGCCCGAGCCCGACGUCGACCUCGCCGCCUUGCGAGCCGUGCUGCACGCUGGGAGUCUACUCUGUGUGGUCAGCUGCGGAGUAUCCGUGGAGCGCAUCCCGGGGCUGCGGGACAGUGGCUGGCGAGUCCGAGCCCGACGUCGAUCUCGCCGCCUUGCGAGCCGUGCUGCACGCUGUGAGUCUACUCUGUGUGGUCAGCUGCGGAGUAUCCGUGGAGCGCAUCCCGGGGCUGCGAGACAGUGGCUCGCGAGCCCGAGCCCGACGUCGACCUCGCCGCCUUGCGAGCCGUGCUGCACGCUCUGCGGAGUAUCCGUGGAGCCCAUCCCGGGGCUGCGGGACAGUGGCUGGCGAGCCCGAGCCCGACGUCGACCUCGCCGCCUUGCGAGCCGUGCUGCACGCUGUGAGUCUACUUUGUGUGGUUAGCUGCGGAGUAUCCGUGGAGCGCAUCGCGGGGCUGCGGGACAGUGGCUGGCGAGCCCGAGCCCGACGUCGACCUCGCCGCCUUGCGAGCCGUGCUGCACGCUGUGAGUCUACUCUGUGUGGUCAGGUGCGGAGUAUCCAUGGAGCGCAUCCCGGGGUUGCGGGACAGUGGCUGGUGAGCCCGAGCCCGACGUCGACCUCGCCGCCUUGCGAGCCGUGCUGCACGCUGGGAGUCUACUCUGUGUGGUCAGCUGCGGAGUAUCCGUGGAGCGCAUCCCGGGGCUGCGGGACAGUGGCUGGCGAGUCCGAGCCCGACGUCGAUCUCGCCGCCUUGCGAGCCGUGCUGCACGCUGUGAGUCUACUCUGUGUGGUCAGCUGCGGAGUAUCCGUGGAGCGCAUCCCGGGGCUGCGAGACAGUGGCUCGCGAGCCCGAGCCCGACGUCGACCUCGCCGCCUUGCGAGCCGUGCUGCACGCUGUGCGGAGUAUCCGUGGAGCGCAUCCGGGGGCUGCGGGACAGUGGCUGGCGAGCCCGAGCCCGACGUCGACCUCGCCGCCUUGCGAGCCGUGCUGCACGCUGGGAGUCUACUCUGUGUGGUCAGGUGCGGAGUAUCCGUGGAGCGCAUCCCGGGGCUGCGGGACAGUGGCUGGCGAGCCCGAGCCCGACGUCGACCUCGCCGCCUCGCGAGCCGUGCUGCACGCUGUGAGUCUACUCUGUGUGGUCAGCUGCGAAGUAUCCGUGGAGCGCAUCCCGGGGCUGCGGGACAGUGGCUGGCGGGCCCGAGCCCGACGUCGACCUCGCCGCCUCGCGAGCCGUGCUGCACGCUGGGAGUCUACUCUGUGUGGUCAGCUGCGGAGUAUCCGUGGAGCCCAUCCCAGGGCUGCGGGACAGUGGCUGGCGAGCCCGAGCCCGACGUCGACCUCGCCGCCUUGCGAGCCGUGCUGCACGCUGUGAAAAACCACGCCGCCGCAUGGCCGUUCCUGAAGCCCGUAGAUAAGUCUGAAGUGCCAGAUUACUACGAUCAUAUCAAAUAUCCGAUGGACCUCCGCACAAUGGGCGAACGUCUCAAGUCCCGCUACUAUGUAUCGAAGAGGCUGUUCAUUGCGGACAUGACGCGGAUAUUCACCAACUGUCGCCUCUACAACUCCCCAGACACGGACUAUUACAGAUGCGCGAACCUCCUAGAGAAAUACUUCCAUACAAAGAUGAAAGAAGCCGGCCUUUGGGACAAAUGA